CAUCAUUAAGUCAAAUAGUUUUGGAGCAUACAAUGCCAUGAAGACAGCAUGAAGAAGUUACAAAGUGACUGUGUCUCUUGGCUGGUCCUUUUGACUGGAGCUGCUCAGCUCUUACUAGUGUGUGGAGAGGGAGUGUACUUAUCUCUGGGAUCAACCCUUUUCACUACUAAUAAUACUGAGAUCCUCAUCACGGAUAUUGGAGAUGAUGCUGAGGAUGGUCUUCCCUCUCUCAUCUGUCAGACUAACCUAACCGAGUGCUGUAUGAGCGGGGCUGACAACAGUGGUAGUGGAGAUAUGGGACAGUGGACGUAUCCUGAUGGGAGUAUGGUAUUGAACAAUGUCCAGUCACAGGCUGAUUAUGCAUUGUACAUUGUGAGGAAUACUUCUCCAGUGAUCAAACUGGCUCGUAGAGCUAGUAUUAACCCCCCUCCCCUGAGUCCAACUGGUUCUUACUGCUGUAUUAUACCAACUAAUGGAGGAGAAAUGACCUUCUGUGCUAACUUGGUUGUGUGUCUGUCUCUCCCUCCUCUGAACAAUGGAGCAGUCUCAUACAGCAACUUAACACUGGGUCUGUUCACUGUGGCAACCUACACCUGUGAGUCCGGCUACAGUCUCGAUAGAGGGAGCACAACCAGGAUCUGUUUGAGUAAUGGAACAUGGAGUGGAUUCAACCCAGUGUGUCAGCCAGCCUGUUCUGACGUCGCUCUCACCAUCAAUGGAGACAUUGUCUACACUGAUGGAUCUACUGAUAACAGACCAGUGGGCACUGUGGCCACCUACACCUGUAACACUGGCUACACUCCCACUGGAGGGAGCUUGUUCAGAUUCUGUAUGACGGGAGGGAAAUGGAGUGAGUCAGCUCCAACUUGUCAAGAAAUUACCUGCUCUGACCAGACUAAUCCGACCAAGGGAAUGAUCGACUACAAUAUGGGGACUGUUAGUUCAAGACCAGUGGACACUGUGGCCACCUACACCUGUGACACUGGCUAUACUCUUAAUGGAAACACCACCAGGACUUGUGGGAGUGAUGGAGUGUGGAGUGGGUCAGCUCCAACUUGUCUGCAAAAACUGAUUUGUUCUGACCUCACUCUCACCAAUGGAUACGUUACCUAUGGUGGUGAUAGAUCUCCUGACAACAGACCAGUGAAAACUGUAGCUUUAUACAACUGUAAUCCUGGCUACACCCUCGUUCUCACUGGAGGGAGCUCUCUCAGGGUCUGUAUGAGUGGAGGGAUCUGGAGUGGAUCAACUCCAACUUGUCAAGACACAGGACCGACUGAUCCUCCACCCACCAGCUGCUCUGACCUAACUAAUCCAACCAAUGCAUUGAUUGGCUACAAUAUGGGGACUGCUAGUCUGAGACCAUUCGACACUGUGGCCACCUACACCUGUAACACUGGCUACACUCUCAAUGGAGACACCACCACCAGGGUCUGUGUGAUUGGAGGAUUCUGGAGUGGGUCACCUCCAACUUGUGAAGGUUUAAUAGUGCAAACCGUUGAGUGUCCUCCUCUACCGGCCAUUAUCAACGGCAUGAUCUCCUACUCUCCUGAUGUCAUCUCUGACUAUGAUCUAGGAACUGAGGCAACCUACACUUGUGAGGUUGGGUUCUAUCUUGAGGGUAGUGAGGUACGAGUGUGUAUGGACGAUGAUCGAAUGGACGCCAUUGGAGUGUGGAGUCGUCCGGAGCCAAUCUGUGUCCCCAUUCAGUGUCCUCCCCUUGACACAAUUACCAAUGGAUUCAUCACGUACGCUCCCGACACCACACAUAACUAUGAUCUUGGCACAGUGGCCACUUAUGCCUGUGACACUGGGUUUAUUAUGGACCUCUCCCCUGGGGGAUCUCUGUCUAGAACUUGUGUGGAUGAUUUGAACAAUGAUGUAGAAGGAGUAUUCAAUGGACAGGCUCUAACAUGUAUCGCCAUUGUGUGUUCUCCUCUACCGACCAUUACCAAUGGCACCAUCUCCUACUCUGCUGAUGUCACCCCUGACUAUGACCUGGGAACUGAGGCAACCUACACUUGUGAGGCUGGGUUCUAUAUUAAUAUCACUGAGGCUAAUCAGGUACGAAGGUGUGUUGAUGAUGAUGAAAUUGAUGCUAUUGGAGGUUGGAGUGGUCAGGAGCCAAGCUGUGACUUAAUCGUUUGUCCUCGUCUCCUUGUUCCUCCCUACACUUCAAUAACCUACUCUCCUCGCACCAGUUCACCUUUCCCCAUUGGAGCACAUGCAACGUACACCAUCAACUGUCCCAAGAGCAUGGAGAGGAACGGAGGCAAUGAUGUGAGGACUUGUACUAGUGAUGAUAUCAGUGCAGUGGGUGUGUGGAGUGGAACUGCUCCAAAUUGUACAGCUCAGAAGGUGUAUAUAUCUCAUGGGAACACACACUACUAUGCCAACAAUACUACCAUCAUCGUUUCAAGCAUUAUGGAAACGAAUGACACAUCCUUGACCUGUCACACUGACUCAACCACCUGCUGUAGAGGUAAGGACAAGGUGCCAUCUUCAAAUAUGGGUACUGGAGAGUGGCUGUUUCCUAAUGGAACAAGUAUUUCCCAGAACAGAGUCACUGGUAGUAGUACUAGUGGGUUCUAUUGGAGCAGAGACUAUCAAGUACUCAGACUGUAUCGUCAAGGUGAUACCCGGACUCCACUGGGAACCUACUGCUGUAGAUUACCUGACAGUGGUGGAGAGAUGAGGACAUUCUGUGCUAACCUUGUUGCAACACGAUGUCAUCUGCUGACUGCUCCAAAUAAUGGAAAUGUUACUUACUCAAAAAAAUUGCAAAAUGACAUGUACAUAUUUGGUACAGUGGCCACCUACACCUGCUCUCCUGGUUAUGGUCUAAACAGUAAUGAGGGUCGAACAUGUAUCAGUGAUACUGGUGGUGGGACAAUCGGGGCGUUCAGUGGGAAUACACCAAGUUGUGAUCGUAUCAUGUGCUCUAUUCUCCCAAGCAGUACAAAUUGGACCAUCAAUUACCCUAGUGGUACUACUGCACCAUACGACUAUGGAACAAGAGCUACUUAUCAAUGCAACUAUGGACAUAGGCUAGCAAGUGGAGACAGUGAGGAGAGGACCUGUACUGGUGAUGGUAGCACUCCUAGUGGUCAGUGGGAUGGUACUGCUCCUCAAUGUCCACCUGUGGACUGUGGGACUCCUCCGUCUAUUAUCAAUGCAUCUCUUGGGAUACCAACAACCACAACAUUCACAGGGACAGUGACCUAUAGCUGUAAUGAUGGCUAUGCACUCUUUGGGAUUGCUACAAGUAUCUGUCAGGCAAACGCAACCUGGAGCAGACUACCGGAAUGCAGAGAACCAAUGGCCAGUGUUGUAGGGAUAGUUGCUGGGAUUGUCAUUUUGGUGGUUGCUCUACUGAUCAUUGGAGCAGUUAUUCUCAUUGUUGUCAGGGCUCGAAGAUCUGGUAAGCACACUUUUUCUGGCCUUAAAUUUGGUGUAGGGAGGGUCACGCGUAAAUCUCUCUUCACUGUGAAAAUUGACCCCCUGAACCCAUUGGACAUACCCCUGGACGACCACAUUGGCACUUUGACCCCUGAUGCAAAUAUGUAUGUGGGAGUGACUACCUCCUCCUUCAGUAAGGAGAGAGGCAGAGAAAAUACACAAGUAUCUGGAAUUGGUCAGAACAGUUCGUUUUACACCACUGACUUCCCUGCUCAUGUGGACACAAUGCACGAGGACACAGACAAGCUCUUCGAGACUGAGUACACGUCCAUCAGUAAGGAGCCCCAAUCUCCCAACAACGAGUCAAAGCUACCCCACAACACAACCAAGAACAGAUUUGGAAAUGUAUUUCCUUAUGAUUUCAACCGUGUUAAGUUGAAGCCUGUGAAGGACAUCAUAGGAUCAGACUACAUCAAUGCCAGCUAUGUUUACGGUUACAUGGCUAACACCAAAUACAUUGCUGCUCAAGGUCCUCUGCCUAAUACGCUGGAAGAUUUCUGGAAGAUGAUUUUCGAGAAUAAAUUGCAAACGAUUGUCAUGCUAACCAGAUGUUUUGAGGAGAGGAAAAAGUGUGAGUGUUACUGGCCCCUGAAGGACGACCAACCUCUUGAGAUGGGCUGUGGUAUUGUGGUCUCUCUGACCAGUACGGUGGCCUUCCCCGACUUCACUGUCAGGAAAAUGAAAGUCAAUCAGCCCACCCUCGGCUCGUCCCCUGUGUUUGAGGUGACCCUGUUCCACUACACCUCCUGGCCAGACCACGGUGUCCCCUCCAGUGGCAUGUCCCUCAUCUACUUCACUCGUGCUGUUCGUAAGACACACCCCCAGGAUGAUCCCCGCCCACUCCUCGUACACUGCAGCGCUGGUGUCGGACGCACGGGAACAUUCAUCGUCUUGGAUACGAUGUUGGAUCGUAUGGAGCAGGACGGGAUGAUACAUAUCUACGAUUGUGUUACUCAUAUUCGAAAACAGAGGGUGCUCCUCGUACAGACUCUGUCUCAGUACAUUUUCCUGCAUGAUGCCCUCAAGGAGCUCAUAGUGUGUGGGGAGACAGAGAUACCAGCACAUGCUCUCAUGACAACCGUCAACCAGCUCAAAGAACCAGCUGCUGCUGAUGAGGACACACCCACUGACUUCCAGCGACAGUUCAAGAUUUUGAGUGAGUUUUCUGGGCUUGACGGGACAGAGGACUACUACAGCUCUCAGAAUGAGGAGAAUGAAGACAAGAACAGAUACUCUCAGAUUCUGCCAAAUGAGAUGCACAGAGUCCAGCUUCAGUUCUCACCUUCUGGUUCUAACUACAUCAAUGCCAGCUACAUUCAUGGCUACCAACAGAGGCGAGGGUACAUAGCCACUCAAGGUCCCCUAGAGCACACCACUGGAGACUUGUGGAGGAUGGUGGUGGAGAACGAGUGCAGCUGUAUCGUCAUGCUCUGUGCCCUCAGCGAGGAGGAGCAGGAGGUGUGCCAUCGCUACUGGCCCAAGUUCCAAGGAGAAGCAGGCACUUAUGAUGACUUCACUGUCACUCAGCAGACAUUCGACGCUUAUGGUGACUACGUUGUCAGGAAGCUAUCUGUUGCUAUGGCAGCCUCCGAUGAGCCCCCCUGUGUCGUGACACAGUUCCACAUCACCCGCUGGACCGAGAAGGACCCCCCACAGAACCCUGCCGCUAUACUGGACGUUGUGCAGGAGGUGAAUGCUGUUCAGAUGGCCUCGGGCAACAAGCCCAUUGUCGUCAUGUGCAACAAUGGGAUUGGUCGCACUGGAGUGUUCAUCACCCUGCAUGCUCAACUGGAGCGACUCAAGAUUGAGGGCGUGGUCGAUCUGUUCCAAUUCAUCAAGUUUGCUCGCAAACAAAGGGAGGGACUUGUUAGCAGUCCUGAGAUGUAUGCUUUCUGUCACGAGGCACUGGCUGACUAUGUGGACAGUUUUGAAGCUUAUGCCAACUUCAAAGAACUGGUUUAAUAUACAGUAACUCACAAUAGAUUUAGAUUCUAGUUUUAUGUAGUUUUUGGUAGCUAACAAUGACUAUCAAUGUGUGUUUAUAAGUUAUAUGAUCUUUACCUGAUAAUUAUUACUGUGUUUUGCUGUA